GUAUUCGAUGCUAUGAAGGAAUGUUCGACUGUUAUUCGUUUACAUCAUUGCGCAUUGGUACACCAAAAUACUCGUACAUAAACUGUUGUCGAUCAUGUCGUGUAAAUCAUUUAAUCUAAGUGUAGUUUUAGAAAUUGUAGACGUCACGUGUCCCGGUGUGUGGAUAUGUCCAAAAGGAAUGAUAUAUCUCGAUAUUUGGUUGUUCGGAUGUAACAGUAGCACAUCGUAUGUAGAACCUAAAUUUCCUUUAGCUUUCAACGAAACAUUUAACUUCCAUAAAACCUUUACGGAACUCUCAAACUUGAGGGACAUUCAGCAAGUCUUGGAAGAAAAAUGUAUGAAAAUAGAAUUAGUGCAAGCUUACAAAAAUAAACAAAUCACUUUAGCUACGUUUAUCUCAUAUGUCGAUGCGGUAUUAUAUCCCGAACGCAGUCGGUUGAGUAUGAACGGAGAAAUGGCAUUACUCAUGAAAAAUGAACCUUUAUUUCCGGGAACUAUUUCACCGAAAAUUACACUGGUCACCAAGACCAGUGUUACAGAACAAAUAAACGUAAUUUCACGUGCAAAUAAUCAAUACUCACCGCAAUAUUUAGAAACACAAAAUCAAUCUAACAGAAUGAAAAGGGUUCAUCACUCCAAAUUUAAGAAUUCACAGUGUUCACAAUAUAACACAGAACUUAGGACAACUAACGAAGAUGGAAACAUUAAUUCAGAUAUCGAUGCAGACACAGACAGUCAACUAUAUUGCCUAAGAGAAAAAAAGACCAAUAAUAACACAAUAGAUGGGGAGUGUCAUUCGAAAAAACCUUGCAAACUCCGUGAACAUAUGAAUACAUCGAAAAAAAACGAGCAUAGAAAGGAAACCUGCAGCAAUCGAAUAAAUAUAAAGGGGUCUUUAAAUUUGAAAGACGCAUUUUUGGAUAACGAUGAGUUCAAAAAUACUGAAGUUAAAUCAAACAAAUUUGGAAAAAAUAUUAAAGGAACAUUCAAAGUGGGAGCAUGUCAUCACUAUAAGUGCUGUAAAUCAAAGUUAAAUAAUAGCAGCAAUACAAGCGAAUCAAUAAAAACAAGUGAUGAAGAUUCUAUAACUAAUGAAGAAAAAAACACUAAAAUUCCUGUAAUACUUGAAGAUUCAGGAGAAGAACCAAAGAAAAUAAAUCCGAAGAUUAAAGCUCGUUUCCAUUUGGAUGUGUAUCAUUGCAAAUGUGGAAUGCCUGACUGUAUGUCAAGUCCAAGCUGGAGGAUUAUAUGCAACGAAGUAAACAGGAGAGACUCAGUAGGAGAUGCAAUUAAAUAUCAUAUAUCUCUGAGAAAUUACUAUAAGAGGCUUUACGAUGGGACCACAUAUCAACUUGGUAGAAAUCUACAGCUACUCUGAUAUCGUAAAACUUAGUCCUAUCUUAAACAAAAAAAAUGAUGAUUAGGAACAUAAUAAGUAAUAUUUAAUUAUGUAUAGAAUACUAAAAUAAGUAAUACAAUUUAUGAAAGCAAUUAGAUAUUAUAUUAAAAAAAAACUUUUUUACAAUUAAUGUUCUUGAAAUCAAAAGUUUCAUCUUGUACAACACAUAAUAUGGCCAAGUGCCCAAGCAUAGUGUACACAUACUGCAUAUCAUUUUAUUAUACUCCACACAUUUGAAUACAUCAAUUUACUGUAUAACUAGUCAUAUACUCAUAUGUAUUGUAAAAAACAUACAUUUUUAAAUAUUAAAUAAUUAUCUAGAAUUUGUCAACUACCUUGUAAAGUACAGAAUAGAUUUUAGAUAAAUGAGUAAAACAUUGAAAAUAUGAGAGAUAUAAGCAGAAUACUUCCUGGGUGGUCAUCAACUAAACCAGUAACACAUUCUUUGGGCAGAGGCCAACUGUAGGACUGUAAAAUUAUAAUAUAUUUAAUUUAAAUUUAAGUUAUAAUUAAUCACUAAAUAAGUUAGUUAAUUCUAUCAAAAUAGUUAAAAAAUGUUUGAAUAGAACUAUAUUGAGUAUAAACUUAUUACUCAACUAUACAUUUUAUAAAAAUGUCUUAACAUAUAUUUGUAUAAAUAUAAAUAAUAUCUAUUUAAGAUGACGCUAUACCAUUGUGUUGCACUGUUGUUAUAUAUCAGCUUAUCAUCAUUAUAUUUAUAUUGUAUCAUAUUAAAAUUACCUAAUCACCAUGAAACAAGAUAAGUUUAUUUUAGUCAGUGCUAAUAAUUAUGUUUAUAAUUUAUAAACCUACAUUUAUUUUGUAAUAUAGAUCCAUGUAAUCAUUAU